GGGUCCAUACGAGACCCGUGGGCGCCCAAAUGAAGUCAAAGUUGCGCUCUUGAACCCUCACUCCGAACCCAGUUACAACCACGCUAGCUAAAUCCUCUCGGCAAUAAAGAAUACCGUUAAUUCGAGCUAACACCAAAACCAGAUGGAACCAGUUGUCUACACACCGCGCCUGAAAUUGACACUGGUCACAAAGGCUGAGAGGGGAAGCCCAGAGUACGAAUGGCUUCAUAUUUUGUGGAGCGACGAGAAGGCCUCGUUCUGGAGCUUCAAUGGCCGGUCCAAGUCCACCGAGGAGACGGAAAAGCUCAUCGCCAGCACGUUCCCGACGCCGCAGGCGGGCGAAGAAAAGUCGUACCGGGUAGUCUACGCCGUGCACGCGCUGCUCGAGCCAUGGACCCCCGGCGACGGCACUAGCCAACCUCGGGACCAGCUGUCAGAGUUAAUCGGCAUGGUGUCGCUGCGGUCGCUCAACGUGGGCUUCGUGCUGCCGAUGCCGGAAGAGUUGAUGAUCCCCGCGGCCGAGGCGGCCACGACGCUGCUGGCCGAGAUCUCGUACAUGUACCUGCCGGGCGCGUGGGGCAAGGGUUACGCGACCGAGUCGGUGCGCGCGGCGCUGGCUGCGUACGGCCGGGCAAAGUCGUUCUGGGCGCCGUGGGAAAGAGUUUACGUUAGGGCCAUUGUCAAUGGGAGAAACCGGCCCAGCGCACGUGUCCUGGACAAGAUCAUGACGCACAAGGGCACGUGGGAGUGGACGGCUCCGGGCAAGCCGCUGUUCAUUGGCGGCGAGUGGCGCGAGCAGGACUUUCUCGAGAUCUACGGCAUGCAUGUGCUCGAGUGAGUGGCCGAAGGCGUUGGCAGUCGCGGGCGAGGACGACAAUUAACGAACACAGUGGAUGGGGGUGUAGACGGCGUUUGUCUUGCAGUCUGUCAGUAGAGCGAUAGAGCGAGGGAAUUCUAGAACCGUACGUCUUCAGGGCGCCUUUGGUUCGACCUGUAAGCUAGGUCAAGGAGCCUUCCUGACCGCCUUAUCGGUAUCCCUUUGGCAACCUCGAGGCAACCUCCGUUGGAAUUAAGUCCUAUUUUCACCCCCGUUAACCUACAUUAAGAAAAUAGACCCACAUAACUAACUUUCGCUAACAAAAUCCCAUGCUUCCGCUUAUCGGCCUAAUGCGAAAUGAACUCCAUUAGCCACGGCAAGGACGUACUAGUCUUCAUUUUUAGGGCUAUACAAGCUACGGCGACUGCACUACCACAAAGGCCACACCGCUGUAAGAACCGCACCAAAAGGGCC